AUGAAUGAGGGUUAUCAAAUAACUGGUAUGCUCGGACGCAUAAUCAGCGUGUUUCGAGAGAAAAAGCACCGCAAUGAAUCUUCCUCGCCGCAUGUAGUCACUCGGCGUCGUUGAUCAAUGUCGAUCGGUUGGGAAGCACAAGAUUUGUUUGUGUCCUCCGCCGGGGCUGCAGUUUCUGUUGCUGAUGGCGGAGUGAUCAUUGAACAGGGAUGUUCAAUAAAGAUUACGCGAUCAACAACAGCAUUUGGAUUGCGGGAGUGGUUGAUUCGUAAAGGAGUAGGUGGCAAGAUUGGAGCUACCGUUCGUUGCAUGGAGAAAGGUCGGUUUGCAAUAUGCUCCGUUUCCCAGCGAUCUCCUGCGUAUGUGGCAGGUCUGCGUAUCGGGGACGAGUUAAUGAGCUUGGGAGAAACGUCGUUAAGGGAGUGCUUCUUAUCGGAUUUACGUGAACCCUUGAAAACAAACAGACGAAACCACUUAAGACUGUGCACCAAAGACAGAGCCGGCGAACGCUACAUUACGCUGUACAAGGAUUCUGGAAAGGGUUAUGGUUUCCGGUUUGUGCAGGGGGAAAUCACGUUCGUCCGCCCUAACUCAUCGGCCGAGCAGGCUGGCUUGGAGACUAGACACCACAUCGUAGAGGUAAACGAGGAAGUGGUCGUUGGGCUACAGGACGAAGAUAUCGAGGCUAUAAUAUGGUCCAGCAUGGGAGCGCUUACUCUGUGCAUAUUGCCGUCCCGAUUUUAUAAUAAUCUGUUGUGUAGCUUGUAUACUCUAGGCUCUGCAAAACCGCUGGACAUAGUGGAGAUAUAAUUAUCAUCGGAGCAUCGAGUCAGUUUGUUACUCAACGAUUUAGUUGUGAUUUUAUGAUAAUAAUUAAUAAAACAACUAAAAAAACC